AUGUCGAAUAUCAUUGACGCUGUUGAGCACUACAGCGCUCUUGUGGACCUCUCGCGGCCUUCGCUGUACAUUAGCCUGGUCUCCAUCUCCGCCAGUCCCAUCGUAUGGAAUAUCAUUGGGCGAAAUGAAUAUAAGAACCACACACUGACCAAGCUCAUUGGGGCCCGAACAGCAUGCAGUAUUCUGGGCACAGCGAUCUUCCUUGCGGGUCUUUUGCGCGACGUUCUCUACAAGAUUGCUCUCCACGACCAACCCCAGUAUCGCCUUCCUUACCCAAUUCAGACCAUCCUUGCCUGGAUCAUAUUCGGCACUGGCAACUUCCUCGUCGCAAUUUCCUACUACCAACUCGGUUUCUAUGGUACAUUCUGCGGAGACUACUUUGGUAUUCUCAAAGAAGAACGCGUAACGAGUUUUCCGUACAACUGGCUGGAUAACCCGAUGUACAUUGGAGCGAAGAUGUGUUUCAUCGGUGCCGCGCUUUGGUACGAGCGACCAGUUGGGUUGUUGAUCUCUCUCUAUGUCCAUCUGGUGUAUUCUGUUGCGUUGCAUUAUGAAGGGCCAUUCACAGACAUGAUCUACUCGAAUGUCAAAAAUGAGAAAUAUAGCCAGUAG